AUGUCGACCGAAGCGAGUAGUCCCCCGCCAGCCUUGACCAUCGCGACGCCCGCGCCGGCGCCGAUGGCCGUGGCGGUGGCCGUGCCUCCGUCGCCAGCGUCGUCGUCGACGGCGUCGUCGCCCGUGGCUGGCGAAGGCGCGGCGCUGCUGCCGGGCAAGAAGGUCAAGAUUUCGGCGAAAGAAAAGUUCAAGCGCCUCGAGAUCCGCCGCGUGAACGGCUACCUCCGCAUCGUCAACAUCGUGCUCGGGUCGCUCAUGCUCUGGUACAGUGGCAACCUCCUGUACACGACCACGACGUACAAGGGCGUGCUUGACUCGCUCUUCCUCAUCGCGCAGGCCGCGCUCCUCGUGCUCUUUGAGCUCCGCGACAACUUUCCCAACGUCGCCCAGGGCAUGCAUGACUUCCUCGGCUUUAUGUUUACGGCCUAUGGGCGUGCAACGCUCUUCCUCGUGAUGGGCACGUGGGCGCCAACGCAGGGCUCGACGGGCUUGGUCUUGGGCAUUGCGUUCUGCCUCCUCGGCCUCGUCAACUUCACAUUCAUCCUCGCGCACCCGAGCUACAAGCAAGCGAUGGCCGAUGCCUCGGGCUCGCAAGUCACCGCCGUUGUCGUCAUCGCCGAAGCGCCCAAGCCCGCGUACGGUGCCACGGACGCCCCCGAGAAGGCCGUCUAAGCGGCGCCAUCAUCUUUAUAAGGUUGUCCUAAUGCACGCG